UCUACUCGCCAUUUUCCCCGGAGCCAAAAAAAAAAAAACAGUAGUUUGUAUUUUUUUUCCCCCCCUUCCUGGUGUCACGUUUGUGUACAGCUUUAACAGGCGGAGAAGGGACUGUCUACCCGGACAGGGACAGGAAUUCACCGAACAGCUCUGAGAUAGGUCGGCGACUGGGGAGGGGGGCUUUCCUCAAACAUGAACAUUUUCAGGCUAACCGGCGACCUGUCCCACCUAGCAGCCAUCAUCAUUCUGUUGCUGAAAAUAUGGAAAACCAGGUCCUGCGCCGGUAUUUCUGGAAAGAGUCAGGUCCUGUUCGCCUUGGUGUUCACCACGCGCUACCUGGACCUGCUCACAGCCUUCAUCUCCCUCUACAACACCACCAUGAAGGUGAUCUACAUCGGCUGUGCGUACGCCACGGUCUACCUGAUCUACAUGAAGUUCAAGGCGACCUAUGACGGCAACCACGACACGUUCCGGGUGGAGUUCCUGGUGGUGCCUGUGGGCGGGCUGGCUUUCCUGGUCAACCACGACUUCUCUCCUCUGGAGAUCCUGUGGACGUUCUCCAUCUACUUGGAGUCGGUGGCCAUCCUCCCGCAGCUCUUCAUGAUCAGCAAAACGGGAGAGGCUGAGACCAUCACCACCCACUACCUGUUCUUUCUAGGACUCUACAGGGCCCUCUACCUCAUCAACUGGAUAUGGAGGUUCUACUUUGAGGGAUUCUUUGAUCUGAUUGCCAUCGUGGCAGGAGUAGUGCAGACCAUCCUCUACUGCGAUUUCUUCUAUUUGUAUGUCACAAAAGUGCUCAAAGGAAAGAAGCUGAGUCUGCCAGCCUAAGUGCCAACGGAGAAGCGUUUGGGCCGAUUGGGAGCGAGGGAUCGGAGUGCAGGAGGAACAGCAGUGGACACUUUUGGGAAAAAAAUGUAGAAAAACAGAGAAAAAAAACCGAAUGAAUGAUUAAAAAGAAAUCACAUCCCCUCUUUCCUCCCCCACCGCCUCCUCCUCCUCUCCAACCAGCGUAAGAUGCCUGAGACAGAGACAGCACCUCGGUUCGCUUCCAGAAUCAUCGGACUCAGCACGCCGGCACUCUCUGCUCCGUGGCGUUCGUUUCUGUUUGAUGCAUCUUGCCUUUGACUUUUUUUUUUUAUGGCUCUGUAUAAAGGAGGCAAAAGAGUGCAGGUUUUCUAUAUAAAAAAUUAGAAUAAUUGGCAGAUAAGAUGUAAAAUUGCCUGAGAUUUGGCAGUGUAUGAUAUUAAAGCGGACUUCUUGUGUUGAGAUAAUUGUGAGAGUUUGUAAUAUUUACAAUCAAAACAAAUGUUUUCCAUCAAACGAUUUGGGAGAUAUGUUGAAUCCUUUUAAAUAUGAUGGACAAAUUGAUUCCCCCUGCCCCCCUUUUUUUUAUUUUUUUAUUAUUGUUUUUUUGCCCUACAGUUUUACAUUCCCACCUACAACACUUCUGGAGUAUCAAUGCAGUACAUCUGACAUUCUCAGCCCAAAAAAAAAAAAAAAAGGAAGUCAGACAUGGCUAGAGUUCUGGUUGUUGAGAUGCCACCAGAGUUGACUUCUGUCCGUGUAUUUUAAUUGUCCAUGUUUAAGAGGUGUUAGAAGAGGUCGGUGACUUUUUACACGCUUCUGCUCAAUAAGUACACCAUGUCACUUGUAACUACACAUCAUUGCCCAGCUUGUUCCAUUUCAGGAAGUUUCUUUUUAACGUUUAAAAUGCAUAAACUCGAGCUUAUAGGCCGUAUGUGAAGCCUCACCACACAAAGUUUUCAUCUUUUAGAUGUAUUUAUAUUUUAUUUUGGUUUUUGUUCUUGCUGAUUCCAAUAAACAGUCCGGAGAGUUGUUGAAGUGCUGGC